AGACCAACCGGAACCAUUACAUUACGGAACGUUAAGUUCGUAAUGUUCCGUGUCGGAGUCCAUUUCGGGUUGGACAUUCAUUCAAGAUUUUGAUUUUAGACAGCGUCAACUGUCACUGGCUAUAAUUGAGCUGAACCAUGACCUUAUUUCAUUUCGGAAACUGUUUUGCCUUGGCCUAUUUCCCGUAUUUUAUAACCUACAAGUGCAGUGGACUAUCAGAGUACAAUGCUUUCUGGAGGUGUGUUCAGGCUGGCGCCACCUAUCUUUUUGUGCAGCUAUGCAAGAUGUUAUUCUUGGCCACAUUUUUUCCAACAUGGGAAGGAGGAGCCGGAGUUUAUGACUUUGUUGGGGAAUUCAUGAAGGCAACGGUAGAUUUGGCCGACCUGCUGGGCCUCCAUCUAGUCAUGUCUCGUAAUGCUGGUAAAGGAGAGUACAAAAUCAUGGUGGCUGCUAUGGGCUGGGCAACAGCUGAACUGAUAAUGUCCAGAUGUCUUCCUUUGUGGGUUGGAGCCAGAGGCAUUGAGUUUGACUGGAAAUACAUUCAGAUGAGCUUCGACUCCAACAUUAGUUUGGUCCAUUACAUCGCAAUGGCAGCAGUUGUGUGGAUGUUCACCAGAUACGACCUUCCUAAGAGCUACAGACUGCCAGUCACUGUGCUGUUGACUCUUUGUGUCUACAAGGCAUUCCUCAUGGAGUUGUUCGUUCACGUUUUCCUGUUGGGCAGCUGGACCGUCCUUUUGGUGAAAGCUGUGGUGACCGGUGCCAUCUCUCUUUGUUCACUCUUUCUUUUCGUCACCUUGGUCCACAAUAACUAAAGGCGCCACAACCACCAGAGAAAAUCCUUGUGGACUCAAGACUGGACAGAGGUUCAAUACAUGAAACAAGAUGUUAAAUUACCUCUGGGACUUUAUAGACCAAGAUGGUAGUCUGAUUUGAAUAACUCCUGACAUCUUAAGAUUUACAUGUUGUAAUGAUUUGAUUUAGUAUUAGUUUUUAUACUUGGAGUAUAAGAUGUUGUGAAAUUUGAUGAUGAAUAGAGAGAUUUCUAAUGAAUUAAAAUUAAUGAGUGUUAAUGGGACUUAAGAGAAUUAAAGGAACCGUAUCUGCGCUAUUAGUUUAAACCAGUAUAAUAAAUAGGCAAUGCCUCUUGUGAAAACUAUCACCUUCACUCACUGAGCCGCAGAGGCUGCACUAGCACUGAUCAAUAAUUGGCUGCAGGUACUGGGGGUUGGGUAGUGAUGAUUCAGUUCAGAGAGACCUUUUACGUUUUAACCACCUAGAUUUCAGCAUUGGAACUGGAAGCCCAAAUGUGAGGCUCAUUCCGUUUUCAGAAUCAUGUCAGACUAAAAUGCCAUAUUAUAACAUAAACAACCUGGCCAUCAUGCCUAAUGUUUUUCUAAUUAAUAAUAAAAUCAGCAUUACAGUUGUUAUCUUAUAUGGCAUUAUGCUUUGGUUAUGUUUAUAGAAUUUAAAAUCAAAAUCUUAAAUAUAGUUUAAUUUAUACCACAACAAGCUACUGCCUGGGGGACAGAUACAGAAUUACUCCCAAAUUACCAUAAAGAGAACCUCUUUGCAGGAUUAUAAUUCUGCACCAUAAUAAAUUCAGUAUGAAAUAUUUUGGUAGGAGACAGACCUUUAUGUUUCAUGCCUUACUAAAGGAGUGGUCUCAAAUCUCUGCUAAAUGCACAUAUUUGAAUGAUUACUUGCUUUGACCACCAGUCUGUAGCCAUCUGCUUCUUUUAUGUUCUGCUAAUCCUCAGUGGGAAAAAAAAGUUUAGCCACAGCUGGUUUAUAUUAACAGAACUAUACUUGGUAGUCUUGUUGUCAAUUGUGUGUUGUGUACAAUAAAGUAAUUUUAAUACUGCA